AUGAAGCUCUCUCUUCUAGGCUUCGCCAUUGGUGCAUUGGCAGCAACCAUUGCAACUCGAGAUACUGCUACGCUAGCCCAAGAUGUUCAGGCAGCGAUCGAUGCUGUCAACGACUUCGACGCCACCAUCACCAGCUACAGUGGCCAAGGUGACAAUGACAAGGUCAAGAGCAAGCUGGAUGCAAUCACAACCGCACUCAGCAAGGGUGCAACUGAUGCUAAAGCGUCUGAAUCAAUCGAGCAAGCCGACGCCCUUUCUCUUGCUUCGCCAGUGCAAGACCUAGCGAAGGCUGUGCAGCAGGCGUUGACAGAUUUGACUGCUCAGAAGAGUGCGCUUGCUUCUGCCGGUGCAGCCCAGGAUGUGCUGAGCAAGCUCCAAGAAGCUGACAAGGUACAGAAGGACUUGGUCGACACCGUGGUCAGCAAGGUUCCACCAUCACUUGCCCCAGUCGCUUCAGGAGUCAUUAAACCAGCUCAGGACCAGCUGGCCAGCGUCAUUGCUGAUUUCGAGAGUGCUGGUGGUGGCUCAGCAGCGUCCGGAAGUUCUGGUGAAAGCUCCUCUCCGGCUCCGGCUCCGGCUCCGGCCGCGCAACAAGGACAAAACGCGUCACCAGCAGCUUCAGCGCCCGACGCCGCAGCGCCGAAAUCCGCUCCAGCAGGAUCACCAGCAGGGUACGGCGCUCCAGGGGCGGGUUCGCCUUCGAUGACUAGCGCUGCGAGCAAUACUACUGGCAAUGCUCCUACAGGAACCUUCACACCUGCGGCAUACACGGGUGCUGCUGUACCGAUCGUUGGACAAGGUUCUGUGGCUGCCAUCGCUGUAGCACUGUUAGCUGGGCUUGCCUUUUAG